AUGUACAAACUUGAUGCCACUCUAGACGAUGUUCAAAACACGCGUUUCAAUAACAUUUACCGCGAUUUGGUCAAGCAAAUGUCAAAGCAAACUCAGUUCACCGAAAUGGAAGUUCAGAGCAUUCUGAUGGUCUAUCACAAAUUCGUCUUGGCCAAUGGCCCCAAGGCCAAAGCGAUGACCGUUAAGCAAUUUAAUCAUUUAUUUUCGGUUCUCUUCAAAGUCUAUGAUUUGCAAAUAAUCGAGAGGAUUUUGCUGCUGAUUACCUCCGAUUUGAAGAAGGAAGUUGAUCCGGUAGCAUGGGUAAAGCUAUUUUCGGUUUUUAUGUCCAAUAAACUGGAGGAGAGAAUGAAAUUUACGUUUCAGAUUUACAAUGUGGGAAACACGGGGUCCUUGAAUCGUGAAAUUGUCACCUUGGCCGUGGAGAAAUUCUUUACGGGAGAGGAUGAAGAUGAAGUUAAUGAACUGAGAUCGGACAUGGUGGAAUUGCUUUUCAAAAAAUUCGAUGUCGACAAAGAUGGUGUGAUCUCCUAUGAUGACUAUGCCACUGUGGUCACCGCUCAACCAAUGCUAUUGGAAUUUUUGGGUCAAUGCUUUCCCAAUGUCGAUGGCAUGACGGUAAUCGGUUAUUGUGCAAACAUUUUGUCCCAAAUAACAUUUCCCAAAGCCGAUAUUGAGGAAUGA